AGUAAAGACACGAGGGGUUUCUCAUCUUCCAUGGGGCCAAAAUUUUGAAAAACAGUUAAUUCAACCAUGUCUUCGACUGCCCACUUCCUCACCACCACCACACAAACUACUACGCACAAUUGUUCCCUCCCAUUUACGCCUACCACAGCCCCUAAACACCUACUCCGGACGGAACGAGCGGUAGUCCUGAUCGACAAAUCCAAAACCAUUAACCAACUUCUACAGAUCCACGCAGCACUUGUUCGCAAUGGUCUGGAGCAUCAUCCAAUUUUGAAUUUCAAGCUCUUACGUUCUUACUCUUCUCUUGGUCACCUCGACUACUCUCGCACCCUCUUCCAUCGAACCCAUGACCCAAGUGUCUUCUUUUGGACUGCAAUUAUCCAUGGCCACACCUUCCAUGGCCUUCACCAACAGGCCCUCCUCCUGUAUUCGCAGAUGCUCACCCAUGGUGUUGAGCCCAAUGCCUUCACCUUCUCCUCCAUCUUAAAGGCCUGCUCUAUAGAACCAGGAAGAGCCCUUCACUCCCAAGCCCUCAAAUUCAGACUUGAUUCUGAUGUAUAUGUUAGGACGGCACUCUUAUGUGUAUAUGCAAAGGGUGGAGAUGUUGUUUCCGCACGCCGUCUGUUUGAUACAAUGCCUGAAAAGACCUUGGUCUCUUUGACGGCCAUGAUCACUUGUUAUACAAAGCACGGGGAUGUUGAUGGGGCUCGAUUAUUAUUUGAUGGAUUGAAGGUGGGGGACGUUGUCUGUUGGAAUGUGAUGAUUGAUGGGUAUACUCAGCAUGGGCGGCCAAAUGAGUCUAUUGACCUCUUUAGACAGUUGAUGUCCGCAAAGGUGAGGCCUGAUGAAGUUACAAUUCUAUCUGUUCUCUCUGCUUGUGGACAGCUUGGUGCUCUAGGGUUGGGUAGAUGGCUGCAUUCUUACAUUAAGAAUAAUGGAAUACCGUUCAGUGUUAGUGUUGGGUCAGCAUUGGUUGAUAUGUAUAGCAAAUGUGGCAGUUUGGAGGAUGCUCGUUUGGUGUUUGAUAGAAUCAUCAGUAAGGAUGUUGUGGCUUGGAAUACAAUGAUUGUUGGCUAUUCAAUGCAUGGGUUAAGCCAAGUUGCUUUGGAGCUGUUCUCUAGAAUGUGUGCACUGGCGAUUCAUCCCACAGAUAUAACUUUCAUUGGCAUUUUGAGGGCAUGUAGUCAUGGUGGUUUGGUAGUUGAGGGACGGGCUUUCUUCCAUUCAAUGAAGGAUAAGUAUGGAAUUGAACCUAGGAUUGAGCACUAUGGGUGCAUGGUUGAUCUUUUAGGACGUGCUGGGUUCUUGGAUGAGGCAUAUGAGCUUGUACAAAACAUGGAGAUUGAGCCGGACUCUAUUAUUUGGGGAACACUGCUUGGUGCUUGUAGGCUACAUGGAAACAACACUUUAGGAGAGAAUAUAGCUGAAUUUGUAUUUGCAAAUGGUCUUGCAAAUGCAGGAACUUAUAUUCUCCUAGCAAAUAUCUAUGCUGCAGCAGGAAAUUGGAAUGGGGUGGCAAAGAUCCGGAGAAUGAUGAAAGAUAGUGGGCUUCAGAAGGAGCCAGGGUGCAGCUCAAUUGAAGUACAUAACAAGGUGCAUGAAUUCUUUGCCGGGGACAUGAAACACCCGAAGAGCAAAGAGAUUUAUUUGAUGUUGAAGGAGAUGAAUGGAUGCCUAAAAGCCCAUGGUUACACCCCACAGACAGAUAUUGUGUUUCAAGAUAUUGGAGAGUCAGAGAAGGAAAAGAUCCUAGGUGUUCAUAGUGAAAAGCUUGCCAUUGCUUUUGGGCUUAUCACCACUCGACCAGGAACCCCAAUAAAGAUUAUAAAAAACCUUCGUGUUUGUACAGACUGUCACACUGUAACCAAGUUGAUUUCAAAGAUCACAGGGCGCAAGAUCAUUGUAAGGGAUCGAAACCGUUUCCAUCACUUUGUUGAUGGUUCAUGUUCUUGUGGGGAUUAUUGGUGAAUCUCAUUAUCAACCUGGAUUUUAACUCUUUGAGCAGAACUAUGGCCUCCUGCUGGCCUCCUUUUGGGUCUGUUAACUUUUUUUUUAUUUUUUUAUGUUGUACAGAUAAAAGUGAUUAAGUUUUCAAGAAUGCCUAAUGUAGUCUAAAGAGUUACUGUC